AUGUCCGACUCGUCGCGGAAGGAGCAGGCGGCCGAGCUGGAGAGCCAGCUCAUCUCGGUCGUUGCGACUACAGAGUCGAUGCGGGCCACCGUCGCGUCGUCGCAGUCCCAGAUGGAGUCCAAGCUUCAGGCGCUGCGCGCCUUUGAGUCCAACCUCUCGCGCUCCCACGCCGCCAUCAUGGCUCUCGAGCACUCGACCUCGCGCCUCCGUGACGAUGUCACUGCUCACCGCUCCGAGCUUGACUCGCUCUCGGCCCAGGCCGCCCUUGCUGCCGCCGUGCCAUCCUCCGUAACCGCCGCUGCGGCGCCGCAACCCGGCACUGAGCCGAUGGCUCAGCCGCUGCCCUCGGUCGGCCUGGCCACCCUCGACUCGAAGCUCCGCUCUGCACUCUCGCGCAUGUCUCGAACCGAGGACGAGCUGUCGCGGACCCGUGGCGAUCUCGACGCGCUAUCGGCCACUGUGGUCGCACUGCGCGAUGCGCCGCCGGCGCCCGCCACGUUGGCCGCUGCGCCCGCAGGCGUUGCCGCCACGGACCCGCCCGAGUCGGCCGCCCUCGUCGCCGCCACCCUCACCCUCUCGUCCAAGAUCCGCGACAUCUCCGGCGAAGUCGCCGCCGUCCGCCGCCAUGCUGAUGCUGGCCUCGCCGACCAGGAUCAGCGGCUCAACGCCCUGGCCCGUCGCAUGGUCCAGAACGAGCGGACUGUCGCCGCCGCCAAGGGCCAGACCGCUGUCGUCUCCGCCAAGCUCGAAAGCCUCCACAGCGCCAACCUCCCCUCGCGGGUCACAGCCCUCGAAGACCACGGUACCAAGGCCGAGACCCGCAUCGAAGUCGUCUCUGAAGACAUCGCCACUCUUCGCCGUACCUCGCAAUACCUCCUCCACGAGAACGCCAGUACCAAGUCGGCGCUCGACGAUCUCGCCGACGCGCGGCCCUCGGCCACAGCCCCCGAUCUCGUUACUGCCUCGCUCCGUGACGCACUCGCCUCGCUCCGCCGCGAUCUCUCGCAGCUUGCAACCGGCGUCGUCGCCCUCAAGCACGCCGUCGAGAACCCACCCGAUCCCGACGACGCUGCCGCUCCGCGACCGUACAUCCCCACACCGCCGCCGCCGCCACCGCUCCCGUCGUCGCAGCCUGACGCCGACAAGUUGCCGCCCCGCGAGCCGGCGCCCGACGCCGCGCCGUCCGAUGCCUCGCCGCCGAGCUCACAGACACACACUCCGAACUCGGGCCCAUGCGCACAUCCUCGCGCCGCGGCUCGGCCAUCGCCUCGCCAGCGAGUCGUCUCGCCGUCGGCAGCUUCGCUCGCCGCCGCCCGCGACGCCGCCCGCGACGGCUCGCUCACCCCGCGGACUGGCCUACCACAGCGCACCGCGCUCUCCCACACUCGGCUCGAGCAAAUGGUCGCCGACCAGGCCCGCGCCGCGUCUGAGGAGGCGCUCUCCGAUCUCAAGACAAUGCUCCUCACCCUCGUCGCCGACCGCGCCGACCUGCCCACUCCCGGAAGCUCAGCUCCACCGCCUGAUCCGCUCUACAAGCUCGCUACUCUCCUCGGCACACAGCCGUCGUCUGACAAGGCUGCUACGCCCACCUCCGCCACCGCCGCUACAGCCACCACCACCACCACCACGACCACGACGACCACCCACUCGCUCACCCACACCGCGCUCCUCACCAGGUCGUCCGGCGGCGGGCUUGACGCCGUUGAAGCUCGCAACCUCGUCCGGGUCAUCGACGCCAAGGCCGACAAAGAUUACGCAGACGCCAUCUAUCACAACCUCUCCUCCAAGUUUGUCCAGCUUGCCACCGUCGCCUCGCGGAACAUCGAGAUGCUUGCCCAUCUCGUCGGCCGCAAGGCUGACCUCGCUGACCUCGUCGACGUCGAGUCGUCACUCAACGAGACUCUCGCUGCCGCCACCCGCGCCUCGUCGGGCUCGGCCGCCGCCGGCAAGCUCCACUUCCGCUGCCUCACCUGCAACCGCUUCACCCGCCGCCUCGCCGGCGACGCCACCGCCGCCCAUCGCUCCGCCCUCGUCCCCACCCCGCCGCACGAGCCGCCUCACCCCCGCCCGCGCGGCCAUCCCAUCAUCCAGCCCUUCUCGGAGCGGACCCAAAAGUCAUAA